UCAGAGUGAUUUUUCUUCUUCAGCUAAGCAGUCACAGAUCGUUAGCAGCAGGAAGUGUCUCAAGUAGUAGAGUGCCCUUUGUGCAGAGAGUUGAAGGCUAAUUCCGGAUUAACGUAGCAACCGCCGGAGUAGCUCCCCGACACUGCCGUUUCCGGUUUUAUCUCGGGUUCCCUUUCUGGUUCGUUGAGAACUUUUUUCCAAAGUUCAAGCCGGAGUGCGCCGUGUCAGUCGCGAAGUUCCGUUUUUUCAGUUUUCUUCCUCCGCUGUGCGCCGCGUUGGGUUUUUUCGGCGUUUCCACCCGAGAAAAGGGAAAAGAAGAGAGCCGUCAUCUCAAUCGGUGAGAGAGGAAGAACGAGAGCAGAAGCGCGAGAGUUGGCAAUUUUUGCGCUGAACGCGGAGAAAGAAGAAACCAAUCUGGUUAGUGGCGAAGUGCAGAGUAGUUUCGUACGACGGCAGUAUAAAGGAAAAGCCGGAAACCUUGUUGGAAAUCGUGUACGCCGACGGAUUGGUCUGGAUUAGUUUUUUCGGCUGAAAAAGAAGUUGGAAGUGAGUGUGCUGCGAGUGACGUUUGUGUGAUAAAACUAGCAAGUUUCGAUUUUGUCGACCGGAGAUUUCCGAUACACCAGAUCCAUCCAAUAUGUCGGAACGUGAAAAUAACAUCUACAAGGCCAAGUUGGCCGAACAGGCGGAGCGAUACGACGAAAUGGUGGAAGCAAUGAAGAAGGUUGCUUCCAUGGAUGUUGAACUCACAGUUGAGGAGAGGAAUCUCCUGUCGGUUGCCUACAAAAAUGUUAUCGGAGCACGACGCGCCUCCUGGCGGAUAAUCUCCUCCAUUGAACAAAAGGAAGAGAACAAGGGCGUCGAGGAGAAGCUGGAGAUGAUCAAAAACUACCGCUCACAGGUCGAGAAGGAAUUGCGCGACAUCUGCUCCGACAUUCUGGAAGUGCUCGACAAACAUCUGAUCCCGUGUGCGACGACCGGCGAGAGUAAAGUAUUCUAUUACAAAAUGAAGGGUGACUAUCACCGCUACCUAGCCGAGUUCGCCACCGGAAACGACCGUAAAGACGCCGCCGAAAAUUCGCUUGUCGCGUACAAGGCCGCCAGUGACAUCGCAAUGACUGACCUUCCACCGACGCACCCCAUCCGGCUGGGACUCGCUCUCAACUUUUCAGUAUUCUACUACGAAAUCCUGAACUCGCCGGACCGUGCCUGCCGCCUAGCGAAAGCAGCGUUCGACGAUGCAAUUGCGGAGCUGGACACCCUCAGCGAGGAAAGCUACAAAGACUCUACGUUAAUCAUGCAGCUGUUGCGGGACAACCUUACAUUAUGGACAUCCGAUAUGCAGGGUGACGGUGAAGGGGGUGAACAGCGAGAACAAGUGGUUCAGGACGUCGAAGAUCAGGACGUUUCGUAAUUUGUUACGCGACCCCUUUUAUGUGUGAAUUUAUUUUAUUAAUUAAAGAAAAUAAGAUUAAGCAUUAUUAAAUAAGCUAUACAUAAGAAAACAACAAAGAAAAAAAGAAAAUACUACAGCAUACACAUAAACACACUCCACAACAAAACAGGAAGCAGACAAACACACCCCAAAUAGAACCGAAGAGAGCAACAAGUACGCGAUGAGCGAGAGAGUGAAACAAAAGCAGCUACAAAAUGUCGAAAUCUUACUGGGAAAACGCAAUUAAGAAGAAACAAAAUUCGGUACAGAGGGAAAGUGUCCCCCUGUUCAAUAUCCGUCGCACGUCACUCAUCUUUCUCUCUGGCAACAUCUGGAUUUAGGAGUUUGAAUGACCAAUAAAUGGCAAUUUGCACACCAAAUUACACACAAACAAGCAGACACAGAUACUUACUACUACUACAUCAAAAAAGAAACAAAAGCAGCGUAUUAGAGCAUAUUGAUUACUACAACUACUACUAGUAAAAAAGCUACAAAAAAUCAGCUGAGUGGUGUAUAAAGAGAAAACAGAAAAUCAUCAUCCAUUGAAUGUGUAUUGUUUUUGUCAAUAUAUAUUAAUAAAAAAUAAAAAGGAGCAAUCCGCAAAAAAGAAUAAAAAUGGAAUCUAAAUUAAAAGAAGGUAACAAAAGAGCAGCAGCAGAUAAAAGAGGAGGAGGAAGUAUAAUAGGGGAAGCUAUAUUAUUAACGGAGGAGUGUCUUUAACCGUUUUCAACUUGCAUUCGUCUUGUGCGGUGUUUCGACUUUGGGAAAAGUCGUGGUUCAGGGAGAGGGCAGGGCAGGAAAGUAGCAAAUUUCAAAUUGUUAUAUUUGCUAAACAUUCCUUUAAUUGUGAAAGCGAAUUUCCAGGAAAAUGACCUGGCGGUUCCCCACCGGAGUCGAUGCAAUGUUUUUGCGGGAGUCUUGUGUAAGUAUUAUCAGUAUUCCGAUUUCAUCAAUUCCCUAGAGUAUUCUGUGUUCUGCUGCUAGACAAGGGAAUUGACUCGGUGGGGUUGGUAGUCGCCGGUUUUCCAUUGUUUGUGGUAUUGCGUGAAAUCCUGCAUUUCGAAUAUCCCCAGUCUUUGAAGUCGAAACACAUUUUUAUGUUUCCAUUCAUUCGAUGCCUUCCGCCCCGCGCAUGGCUUGAAAACCAAUCCUUUAACGUUAGCGUUAUCUAUAGAUGUUAACCAUAAAAAUAUAUCAUCACAAAACACUUGGCCGCUGGUUUCUUUUAUCGCACACUGUUGCUUUUCCCAUUUUUUAUUGUAUUGCCUGCCAUUUCAUUGAACCUUUCAAGGCUGAAAGUGAACGUACCAAACUCUAACUAAUGCAGGGAAAUGAGUGUGAUGAAUAUUAAUUACCUUCCACGUGUUGGGAGACGCCGAUAUUAUCCGUUCCAUUGGGUAACGCGGUAAAAAGGAGCACAAACCUUCAUAACACAAGGAGAAAGGGAAAAUGAAGCGGAUAAAAUCGGCACAAUCCUUUCACUUCGAACGUAUAAAUAUCCUUCGAGAACAACUUAAGGGAAAAGUGCGAAAAAGUGUUUGUCGAAUCUGACCGAUUAACUAGGAAAUUACGGAACCAUCAGUCUAGGGAAUUAUCGAACAUAAACAAAGUCAUUGCAUUUAUUAUCACACUCUCGACGACUUACACAUUCUGACGAUUUUGAACAAGAAGGAUAACAUUUAUGACGAGAACUACACACCAACUAAUGACGAAUCAACAACAAAAUAAACGAAUGAUCAUUGAUCACGUCUUUUGAAGAAAUGCAAGCUAUGUUUUAAUCAGCAAAUUAUAUUGGAAAAAAAUGUUUCUAGUAGUAGCCAUUGGAUGCAGCUUUUGAAUUGCUACUAAAUCUGUAUUUACGUGUGUUUUUCUCAUAGCCUAAACUAUACUUGAUGUUCCCAAAUCCAUCUUGAUCCUCACCCACACCCAACCUCAAUAAAAUCCUAUUUCUUUUCCCAGGGUACACCUACAGAAUUACUUUCCUCUUUCAGUUGUCCGUUCCUACUUCCAUUUUCAUUCACAAGGAAACCAAACGCAAGAGAUAGCAAACACCCGACGUAUCAAUUUCCGAAUUAAAUUUAAGGCGGUAAAAAUAACAGAAUAAUAAUUAUUAAAAGAAAACAAGAAAAACCUAUUGAUUAUUAUGAGUAGAGGUAUAAAUUUAAAGAUAACUUAAUUGAAAUAAAGAGACCCAUGCAAAACUACUUAAACUUGAAGCAAAAACAACUGAAUCCUACAAGUACAGAACAAAAUGCGCUAGUAAGUGAAUUACUUAGAUGAAACAUCCAUACACAAAACGUUAUAACCAUUAGAAACGAAUCAGCACUUCCAAAACGUUUAGUAGAAUCUCGACAUUUUCCAACUUAUUCUUCUCGUUUGUUUCUAUUGAUCCGGAAUCUGGCGAUGUUUGUUAAGUCGCACAAUUCGAUCGGUUUCAGAGCAUAUAAAAACAAUCGAAAACAAAAAAAAAACUUUUGUUUCCUCUUCAAUGUUCGGUACAGGUUUUGUUUUGGUAAUCUUAUGUUCCUUUUUAGGUUUCCACCAGAUAAAGUAAAAAAAAAACGCUCGCAAUUCACCACGAACAGCAGUUAAUCAAAUUUCUCAUGAAAACAAAAAACGUGAAACACAUACACACAAUGAAAGACUAACACGGAAGGAAACAUCCAAUUAACGAAAGUAUUUUGCGCGCGCGAAGAGAAAAAGGUUUUAUUUUUUCGUUUUAAGUUUUACUAUUCGAAGAAAUUUAAUAAAAUAAAAUCAAUGUACAUGGAAAAAAUGCUAUAAUCGGUAUAAAAUAAAAAGAAUUCACACAGCAUCAGCAACAGAAAACGUAAUUUAAUUCGACGAAGAACAUGAAAUCGGAGCCAGUUAAUAAAAAAAAUCAAGAGAUUACACACAAAUUUAGAGAAAGAAAGAGCAUUUUCAUUAUCCGCAGAAACAAAAGCAAGGAUAAAAUAAUGGCGUAAACAAUUAACGGCAACAACAAUAUACAAGUUACGAAGCAAGAUAAAAGAGGGUUGAGCAUGAUGAAAACCACAAUAGUGAAUAAAUUAAUAUACAUUUACGCGGAAUCGACAGAAACAAAAAAAAAUCAUCCAACAAAAACAGCAACAACAUACAUGCAAGCAGAAAAAGGAAAAUAUCGAAAAAUAAAGCUCUAAGAAAAAAAAAACAA